AUGCCAAAACCUACUGAAGAAACUGGCGUACCUAUCAAACUCUUACGAGAAUUCGAAAACAAAACAAUUACAGUGGACACAGCUACUGGCGAAGUUUUUACCGGAACACUUCAUGACGCAGAAGAUAAUUUGAGUUUAACUCUCACAAAUGCAAAAGUUGUGUUUGCAAGCGGUCAUGAAGUUUCAAUGCAUAGUGUUUACAUUAAAGGCGUUAAAAUACGCUUAAUUUCUCUCCCAUCUGGAGCUAGAGAGAAAGUUCAACAAUUAGAACGCGAGAGUCGCUCACUAAUGCGAGGUCGUGGUGGCAGAGGAGGUGGCCGUGGCGGCUCAAGACGUGGAUUUCGCGGUCGCCGGUAA